UGAAAUGAUUUUGAGAAUAGUCGCAGCAGUGUCGGUCGCAAUAGUCAGUUUAUGAUUGCGAUAUUAUGACUUGAAAUGUUGGAAGGUUGGAGCUUUAAAGUCAGAGUCUACUACCGUGUACAUUUAUUUUUAAGAUAUUAGUUGGAAAUGGAUCGUUAGUUUAAAUUGUAAAGUGUAUAUUUAUCGACACAUUGGAAUGUCGAAGUUUAUUCGUGAAUUCAAGAUGGCCAAGUAAGAGAAACAAGGAGUUUAAAAAUGAGAUAGAGUGAUUGGGAGCUAGUGGAAAGGGGAUCGUAAACUUAAAUUCCCAACGGCCUAAAUCCAACGGGAUUUCAUGAAAACUUGAGGAAAUAGGCGAGGCUGAGGCGCGCUGACGAAUACAGCCGAUGCAACGGGGAGGAAAUCCGCGACUCGACUCGUUGCAGUUUGACGGCAGCCCAGAAUAACCGUCAUCGUCUGGAGGCAGUGCAUGCUUCGAGCGCUGGUGGAGGGGGGGACUUAAGGAAGUGAUCAGUAAAGAAUAACAAAAAGUUCCACUACCAGCCGGUAUUGACGCGUGCGCCAUUCCCUUUAUAAGCAAGACGAAAACGCCAUUCGCGAGGUCGAGUGAUUGUUCGAUCACUCAAAAAACGGUUCAACAUUGUUCAUCCAUUUGUCUAAGUCUUUGAUUUAACAAUACAAUGGAGUCUUUAAUUCCAGUCAUCAAUAAGCUUCAAGAUGUUUUUAAUACCGUGGGUGCUGAUGCUAUACAACUACCACAAAUCGUUGUUUUAGGAACACAGAGUUCUGGAAAAUCAUCGGUGAUAGAAAGUCUUGUUGGACGUACAUUUUUACCAAGGGGCACAGGCAUCGUGACUCGUCGACCAUUGGUAUUACAAUUAGUAUAUUCCCCGAAAGAUGAUAAGCAAAAUCGGAGUGCCGAAGAUGGUACUUUGGAUGUGGAUGAAUGGGGCACUUUUCUUCAUCAGAAACACAAAGUUUAUAAAGACUUCAAUGACAUUCGUAGAGAAAUUGAGUUUGAAACGGAUCGUAUGGCUGGUGAUAACAAAGGAAUAUGUCCCGAACCCAUUAAUUUAAAAAUUUAUUCUAAAUCUGUAGUUAACUUAACUUUAAUUGAUCUUCCUGGAAUAACAAAAGUUCCAGUGGGAGAUCAGCCCGAAGAUAUUGAAAGUCAAAUUCGCCAAUUAGUUGUUAAGUAUAUUUGGAAUCCAAAUUCAAUUAUUUUAGCAGUUGUAACUGCCAAUACGGACAUGGCUACUAGCGAAAGUUUAAAAAUGAGUAAAGAUGUUGAUCCCGAUGGUAGGAGAACAUUGGCUGUCGUUACAAAAUUAGAUCUUAUGGAUGCAGGUACUGACGCUAUAGACAUUUUAUGUGGUAGAGUUAUUCCUGUACGAUUAGGUAUUAUUGGUGUCGUCAAUCGUUCUCAACAAGAUAUCAUAAAUAACAAAUCUAUAAAAGAUGCUUUGAGAGACGAAGCUGCGUUUUUACAACGGAAAUAUCCUACCUUGGCCAAUAGAAACGGAACGCCUUACCUAGCAAAAACAUUAAAUCGUUUAUUAAUGCAUCAUAUUAGAGACUGCUUGCCCGAAUUAAAAACACGUGUUAAUGUAAUGGUGGCUCAAUUUCAAACGUUACUCAAUUCUUAUGGAGACGAUGUAAGCGACAAAAGCCAAACGCUUCUUCAAAUAAUUACGAAAUUUGCGAGCAGUUAUUGUUCAACAAUUGACGGUACUGCCAGAAAUAUAGAAACAACAGAAUUAUGUGGAGGUGCAAGGAUUUGUUAUAUUUUUCACGAAACUUUUGGAAAAACUUUGGAUUAUAUUCAUCCAUUGGCUGGUUUAACAAAAAUUGAUGUUCUAACUGCCAUUCAAAAUGCUACUGGACCAAGACCUGCUCUCUUUGUGCCUGAAGUAUCAUUCGAACUCCUAGUCAAAAGGCAAAUACGCCGACUCGAAGAACCUUCCCUGCGUUGUGUGGAACUUGUGCACGAAGAAAUGCAACGUAUUAUUCAACAUUGUGGAAUAGAGGUACAACAAGAGAUGCUACGCUUUCCGAAACUUCACGAGAGAAUAGUCGAUGUUGUUACACAACUCUUACGUCGACGACUUCCCACAACCAAUACAAUGGUGGAAAACUUGGUUGCCAUAGAAUUAGCAUAUAUUAAUACGAAACAUCCAGAUUUUCACAAAGAUGCUGCUCUUGUUUCUUCUUUAGUAAAAAAUGUCGAAUUAAGUCAACCAAAGCCAAUUAAAAGACAUUUAUCUUCGUAUCCUAACUCGACAACUAAUGCCAUUAUUCCAAUAGAAAAUAAAUCAUCGAACAAUCGAAUUAACCACAAUACGUUUUCGGAGCACAAUAAUAAAGAAAAUAUUCAGCAAAACCACUGGCUUCUUAGUAAUUUACUACCACAGGGCAGGCCGGAAUCAGCUAGUUCAGCGGAUGGAUCGCCAGUUCGAAACCAAGACGACAUGAUAUCGUUGAAUUCGCUAAAUUCGCUAAAUUCAAAUCAAAAUUGCAAUUUAAUAUUAGACUUACAAAAGGGUUCACCUCAACAGAAACCAGUUAAUUUACUGCCAGAGGUGCCAAUGCAAGCCUCUCGUAAAUUAAGCGAUCGAGAACAACGAGAUUGCGAUGUUAUAGAGAGGCUCAUUAAGACAUAUUUUUACAUUGUCCGCAAGUCCAUACAAGACAGUGUUCCUAAGGCUGUUAUGCAUUUUUUAGUUAAUUUUGUAAAGGACAAUCUACAAAGUGAACUAGUUACGCAUUUAUAUAAGUCUGAUAAUGCAGAGGCUUUACUUAAUGAAAGUGAACAUAUUGCCGUUAGGCGUAGAGAAGCAGCAGAUAUGCUUCAAGCCCUCACUCAAGCUGGCCACAUUAUAAGUGAAAUUCGCGAAACGCACAUGUGGUAAUUGAGCAGCGUUUUUGAUGGGCUAGUUUUUCAUAGAAUGAACAGAGUGACAUAAUUUUAGAUAAGUUGUUCGAAAAAUACAUCUCAUAACUAUGUAUAUUGGACCUAUGUAAAUACGUAUUCAUUUAAAUAAUUUUCACGCAAGCAAAAAUGUUAGUUUCAUUCGUUGAUUAA